AUUUAUUUGCUUGUUCACUCAUUCAUGCGUUUAUGGAAAGCGCAAUUCUAAUGAAUUCAUUUUCUUGUCAGUUUCUCUGUUCGAUGUUGUGGUCAUUACCUAAACCUCUUCGAGCCAUGCAACAGUAGCAGUUUCAGGUUUAUACUGGUACCAUCUUUCUGAAGUUGGAAGCUGGUAGUGUUUACAUAUCUUCCAAUGGAUAUAUUGUGCUACUCUAUCGUGUCUAUGAAUAUAUUUGGCCUUUGCAAGCGCUGUGCAUCCAGUUAAGAUGUGGUCCACUGUUUCAUCCUGCUCAUGACACAUUCUGCAUUUCAGAGGUUCCAGUCUGUUAUUUACAUCAUAAUGGUACUGAUGCUAAGGCAUUGCAGGAAGAUAUUCAUCAAACUUCUAGCAACCAUAUACCUGGUAUUAAUAAUAUAUUCAGUGAUCAAUUAUAACUCGCGUUGUCGUACCACUAUGCCUGAUGUUCUUGAUUAUCGAUAUUUAAGUGAUCCAAUCUAUUUCAAUAAAUGCCGGAUUGAUUUUCCUGCUUUGGGUAUUAAAAAAAUAGAUAUUUUCAAUGAACCUGAGAUAAAACUUAUUCAAGAAGAAAACAAACAGGUGAAGCUUGGCGGAAGUUGGAGACCAAUGACUUGUGAUUCUUGGCAGAAAAUAGCCAUUGUGAUUCCAUAUCGCGAUCGCUGGAAACAUCUGAAAAUAUUACUCAACCGUUUACAUCCAAUGCUCACUCGACAGAAAGCUGACUACCGAAUAUUUGUUAUAGAACAGAGUGGAAUUAGUACAUUUAAUCGAGGUAAGCUGAUGAACAUUGGUUACUUGGAGGCCCUUGACUAUGACAGCUUUGAUUGUUUUGUAUUUCACGAUGUUGAUUUGAUUCCAGAGAACGACAAAAAUAUAUAUUUAUGUGACCAACAUGCUAGACAUUUGGCAUCAGCAAUUGAUGAAAUGAGAUACCAUGUGAUGUUCUACAACUAUGCUGGAGGUGUCAUUGCUAUCAACAGGGAAAAUGUAAAGAAGAUCAAUGGUUAUUCCAACUUCUACUGGGGCUGGGGAAAUGAAGAUGAUGACCUCUCAGCACGGACAAAGAGUGCUGGAUUACUACUAACAAGGCCACCGGAAUACAUUGGCAGAUAUAAAAUGGUUCGGCAUGUGAAAGACAGUCGAGCAGAACAUGGAAACGAACUAUUCUUAAGUUGGCGGAGUCGGUGGUCAGCUGAUGGCUUGAAUGACCAUGAAGGAAUGAAUUAUACAGUUGUGGCUAGGGAUAAUAGACCACUCUAUACCAACAUCACGGUUAAUAUUGGUACAAGCACAGUUCCCAAGAAGCAGCCAACCAACCCAGUCCAAGAGAGUCUUUGGUGGUUCUUUAAUUUUUACUAUCCUUAACUUGCCUAGUCUAAUUCCACCAAAGACUGCCUUGUAUCACAACUGAACAUUACCAUCUGAUGUAAGCAAAAAUAUAUUUUCUGUUUGUUUCUUGUUCACUUGCUUUCUUCUCCUGAUCUCUCUAAAACAGUGCUUUUCAAACUUUUUGCUGGAGUGGAACCCCAAGGAAACAUUCCACUGGCUCGAGGAACCCCUGUGCAAUAAUUUAAUAGUCUUAUGCACACAUAUCUGCACAGGAGAAUUAAAAAUUACCGUCGAUUUUAGAAGUUUUGUAACUUCUUGCGGAACCCCUCGACUGUACUGGCGGAACCCUAAGGUUCCGUGGAACCCUGGUUGAAAACCACUGCUCUAAAAGCAAUGAAACAACAGACUCUUUAACCUCCUCUGUCACCACUAAUAUAACCACAAAGUUUCAGGGAGACUAGUAAUAAUUCUAACACUAGUUUAGAGUGAAUAUAUUAAAGGCAAGUUUGUGAGACCGUCAGUGUAACUUUAUUACUGAUAUCGUUAGUAAAGGGCUCAGCCUAAAAUUUCAGGUAAUUCUUCUCUUUACAACAUAUCAACAUAGUUCACAACUUUAUUUUUUUUUUUUUGUUAAUUACAACUGGGUGUACAUCCUUUUAAUAAUAAUAGAA